AGAGAAUUGAAGACGGUAAGAAAUUGAAAUUAAAAAACAGAAUCGUGUAUGGCUCCACCUCCCUUUUGGUUUGAAGAUGUCCUCGCAACUUCCUGUCUUAGAGCAGACGUCGGUGGGCGUCUACUGACAGAUUUUUGCUGAGUUGCUGGGCGGUGCAGGAGCAGCUGGUCGUAUAUUUUGCCACAACCAGCAAAACAGCAACAUCUAUCAGCAGGAAACAGCAGGCACCAUGUUGCUCCUUCCGACGACCUGGCCCUUCGUUCUGCUGUCCUGUUUCCUCGGAUUUUCCCUGGUGUUUGUGUACGCGGAGCAGGCAAUACGGGCGAACCGCCGCCGAGCGCGGACCCGGCUGUGGUGAAAGGAGGUGCAGGGGGUGCAGGUGCUGCAGCGGCAGGAGCAGCUGCCCACCAUGGGCUGAUGUAGUUCAGAGUAGCAGCACCUUUCCUUGUGCUGGGACGAGAUCAUGAGCACGACCAGGCUCAGGUGGAACUCAGCAACAAAGAACAUCUGCGCGGUAUUAUGUUGAGCCUCUUGGUCCUCGUCUUGCCACCAGAUCCAGAAGAGCAGCUGCUGGAGCAGCUGUAGUAGGCUGCUGCACAACUACUACUCCGAAGUAGAACAAAGCAGAUCCAGGAGCAGGAGUUGCACAGGCCUUCGUGGUUCGUCCUCUUCAACAUCAUGUUGGGCUCUUCACCGGAGAAACAGCUGCAGUUCCAGGGCGCCGGGAUGUUGACCCCGUCGUCCGCAGUAUGCAAUACAAAUUUCCUGUACAUGCACAAAAUGCAUGACAAAUUUUACCAAGUUGGAGCAUGCCGCUUAUCUUCAUGCUGAAUAGGAUUGGAAGAAAAGUUUGUCAUGCAGAAACCACAUUGGUACGUGUACGGGAAAUCAUUUACUGUGGAUACGCAGGAACAACGGCUACUACCGCCCAACCGCCCUGGGGGGCCGCGGCCGUAACGGCGCAGGCAAGAACCACCUCGGGGACGUACUACAGAGGGGUCAUGCCCCCCGUCUCCCCGACGUCUUUGCGCGGCGGCAGCUGCAACAACUUCAUCGGCGGGCCGCAACUUCUGACGUUUCAACAGCCAACGAGUUCUUCGCAGCAGAACGGUGCGUACCCGUCCUGGUCCUCGUCCAUGUACUAUCCUUCUGCCUCAGACAACCUGCCACACCAAGAGCAACAGCCCCUUCCCUGCGCCUCCCUAACGCAAGUCACUUCCUCCACCGUGUUUCCUCCGGAAGUCAUAUGAAUUGCAAAAGUAUGAGUAUCGUACUCGUAUAAAUGCAUUACAAAUUUCCUCAGCAUGAAAAAUGAAAUUUGUAAUGCUGAUUUGCCUUAAGAGAGAGAUUUGUAAUGCGUGAUUGCAAGUACUACGAGUACGAUACUUUUGCACAGGAUAAGUCACGAGAAAAUACGAUGUGGUGUGCGUGUUGGCCGAAGGCGCGUAUGCGGUAGUGUGCAAGGUGGUGAAAGCCAACGCCGGUUGUGGCGCACUAAACAAUUCUGGCGGCGCCGCGGACGACAGCUACACAGCCGCUGCUCAAACAGGAGCGGGUCCUCCCGCCUCCAAAAAUUUCCGCGACAGGAAGCAGUAUCAAAUGCAAAUAUGUCCGAGUCCUCUGGAAGGAUCCGAACUCGUGAUGCGUGUUUCGGAUCCUGCAGAGAUCUGUGAUGCAUAACGUGCAAAAGGUGCCCACUUCUCGCCAUGCUGACAGGGCAUUUCUCCUGCAAAAUACGCAUCACCAGGGGGCUGGGGCUGCAGAACCUGCGACGUUAGGCCGUGCAUUCCAGGCGUGGGAGAGCUUCGAAAAACUGCAUGACAAAUCUCGGAGCCUCCCAGACGACCCAGACAACAUUUUUGCAUUUGAUAAGCAGCGACGGAGCACCAUGCGGCCGGUGUCGGCACGGGGCCCCCGGGACGUGAACUGGUACAAGAAUCUCGGGGGCGGGAUCGUCCGUCAAGACCAAGAACCACAAGGGAGGACCCAGGUGGGCGCGCGGGAAGUAGUACUGGGGGUAUGCACUGCAAAAGUAUCGUACUCGUCGUAUAAAUGCAUUACAGAUUUCCUCAGCAUGAGAAAAAAAAUUUGUAAUGCGGAUUUACCUUAAGAAAAAAAUUUGUAAUACAUGAUUCAUUGCAAUACGAGUGCGAUACUUUUGCACAGGAUAGGGGGAGAAAGACAGCCACUCGUUGUCCGAGCCGGUGUACUACGCGAUGAAGGUGAUUUAUGCAAAAUAAAAAGUGUUACAAUAUUUACACACAGUGUUGCAAGACAUGCAAGGCAGACGACCUCUGUCAUGCGCAAAAGGCUUGCGAGUCUCGUUUCGUGUGUGUUUUGCCUUAUGAUUUCUGCAUUACAAGUUCCGUCAUGCGAAGAAAAUUUGUGAUGCUGAAUUCACGUGCAAGUGUGUAACUGUAACACUCUGUUUUUCCUUGCAUAUGAUUGAUGAGAGGCCUUACCAGGAGCGCAGCAUGGCAGACCAGCUGUUUCUAUCCUGUGCAAAAGUAUCGUACUCGUACUAAUUGCUUCUAUGCAUUACAAAUCUUUUUUUUAAAGGCAAAUCCGCAUUACAAAUUUAAUUUGUAAUGCUGAGCUAAUUUGUAUUGCAAUUCAUACUAGUACGAUGCUUUCGCAGUUCAUAGUUUCGGGAGAUCAGUUUGCACGAAGAAGCCUGUAGUAGUUCCAGCAAUUGUAGUACUAGUUCGUGUAGUAUCGGGAGCGGCGUCGGUGCUCCGACAACGUCCAGCAAAGGAGGGGAUGCGCAAGCGGGUAGCACUAGUGCUACCACUACAACUACCUCGCAGUCGAAUAAUUUGGUGCUGAAACUUCUGGAGCAUUUUACCUCGCCCUCUGAGCAGGACCUUCGGCACUACCUCGUUUUUGAAUACUGCCCCAACGGCAACCUGGCCAUGCUGAUCCAGAGGCUGCACAGCAGCAGAAGUACAACUAUUCGUGAUCGUCCUCGUGGUCCCAUCAACACCAGCGUAUUACACAGAACCGACUCUGCAAGCGCUCUGGGUACUAGUACUUCCAGAGCUGCAUGGUCAAGGUCAACAGCUCCUGGACCGCCGCCUCCACGAGGUGCUGGGAUGAAUACUGGCACUACGUCCUCUUCGGAGCAGCAGCUCCUGCAUCAUGCAGGCGGAGGUGGAACUACAUCAAAGCUAAAUCCGUUCUUGACCAAUUUCGCAACGUCGAGCGGGAAAAAUGUUGCAGCAGGAGCCCAGAACACGUCGACCGGCUCCGCGGCCGAGAUGGUGAGAAGCACCGCAUCUACUUCGAGCAACGAGUUUUCUGCCUCGACUUCCUCUUCCCUCCUUGACCAAGUGGCGAUUGAAAUCUUCGAGUCCCUUGUGGAUGUGCUGAACUAUCUCCACCUGCAGAAGAAAAUCGUGCAUCGAGAUCUCAAGCCGGACAACAUUUUGUUCGACCGGAAGUGGAGACUGAAAGUGGCAGAUUUCGGUUGGGCCACCACUUUACGCGACGACGUGGUUGGUCCCUUAUGAAGUGCAAAAGUAUCUUCGUACUGGUAAAACUGCAUUACAAAUUUGCUCAGUCACCAGCAUUUGUUUUUUAUACAAAUUCAAUUUGUAAUGCGGAUCUGUCUCAAGAAAAAGAUUUGUAAUGCAUAAAUGCAAUACGAUAAACUUUUGCAAUGCAUAUCCCUACGUUGUGAACGACAAAUGCGGCACCCUGGAGUACAUGGCGCCCGAGAUUUUGACUAUCCGCUACAAAAGUAUCGUGUACUGUCGUACGUACAACUUGCGGACUGGCAUGACAAAUCUCCUUCCUUAGCUAAAUCAGCAUGACAGAUUCCAUUUCAUCGCAUGCUGAGAAAAUUUGUGAUGCAAAAACUGUAUAAUAUACUUUUGCAAAAAUGCAUAUCGAAACAGGAGCCGCAAAUCAACGGGCAGGUCGAUGUGUGGAGCAUAGGCGUGGUUCUGUACCAAAUUCUGGAGAAUUGCACCCCCUUCAGCGGCUACCUGUACCGCCAAGAACAAGUUGACACGGAAACGGAGACCGUUCCGGAUGAAGAAGACGGGCCAGCACUUCUACAGGACCACGCGGCUGUGGUUGCUACCGGACGUCGACCACCUGUAGAAGCAGAGCAUGUUUUCGACCAAAACAGCACCAGCAGUGGCGGCGAUGCUCAGCAGGACAACUCAUCUACUACUCGAAAGCGGAGGCCAACAUCAGGUGAAGUCCACCUUGUUUUGGACGAAGAAAGCUUCUAUCAAAUGUAAAAAUGUCUGGGUCUGGAAGAUUCUGAGACUUGUCAUGCAUGUUUUGCAUUGGCCAUGAUGUCUGUGAUGCAUGCCCUAGCAUCACAGAUUUUCUGAGGGCUUCGCGAUGCCUAUUCCGCAUGACAAAUUCCCUCUCCGCGUAGCAAAAAUUGCAUUCCCUUUGCUGCUCAUGCAAUACAGAUUUUUCUGGAAUCCAAAUGCAGCAUCACAAAUUGCAUUCUUCCAGACCCAGACACUUUUACAUUUGAUAGAUUCCUUCAUGCGAUGGAGAAUCGCUUGUACAAGCCAUUUAUGAAUUGCAAAAGUAUCGUACUCGUAUUGCACUCGUGCAUUACAAAUUUUUUCUCAAGAUAAAUCCGCAUUACAAAUUUUAUUUCUCAUACUGAGAAAACUUGUAAUGCAUUUAUACGAGUGCGAUGCUUUUGCAAUGCAUACCAUUAGAUGCCGUCGACCAGCACGCGGCGAAUAAUACUUCCAACUGUGGUAGUGCUACUGAUGUCGGUUCAACUGCACCAGUUGGUCCCCCGGGCACAACUUCUACCAGCCCAGCAUGUUCGAUCAUCCCCGGUGGAGGUGGUGGUCCGAAUAAGCAGCAAACCCUGACUCUCUGCCUGCAACCUUCGCCCUUCACCAGGUGUACAACCGAAAACUUGGCGAAAAAAUCCGAAUGGCUGUACGAGUACGUAAAAGAGCAGAAGGAGAUCUUGCGGCUGGUCAAACAGGGUGUGUCGGGGGUGAAGCGUGUCCGCGCGAUUCUGAAAUUUGUCACCUCCGUGGGGACAAGUAGUUCUGCAUGUGCCAUUGCUGCUAUGCAUUGCAAAAGUUGUAUACUUAAUUAAUGAAUCAUGGUCUUUUCCUCGUGAAGAAGAAAAAAUGAGUUUGUCGUGGAGAAGAUUCAGGGAAGCAGGUAGACGUAGGAGCUAUCUGGCAUGCAUGAUUGCGAUUCAUGCGACUACGAUAGUGCAGCUUUUGCACAGGAUAGCAGGUAAUGGCAGAAAUUAUCAAAUGUUGACUCCAACAUCAAAAAUCGCGACCGGUGGGAACAACUUUUUUGGCGCUCCUGCUCCCCUCGGUGGUGGGUUAGCUACCAGCAGAGGACCACCUGGACGAGCGCUGCAACAGCAACGUAUAACCCGCUCAGGUGUUACAAUCUCAAGCGUAGUUACAAUAGAAUCUAGAAUCCGAGAUUUGUCUUGCAUGAUGAGCAUGAUCUAGCCAACUCUCAUAGGGUUGCGCAUGAAAAGUUCCGGAGCUUCAAACCUCACUAAAAUCUGGCGAAAUUUGUAUUGCAAAAGGUGGAACGCUGUGCGAGUCUGUCAUGCCCAUCAUGCAGCACAAAUUCCAGCAGAUUUUGUUGUAACGUUUGAGACUGUACCGGCGUUUGAGCAAGUUAUACAGCGCUCCGCGAAUUUCUUUCCGAUGGUGAACAACAACCCUGGAGGCGGUGCAUCAAGUGGCAGCACUACAACCAGUGGAUGUGGAAUGAAUUUUGGAUACAGGAUAUCAAAAUGAAAAAUCCCCCCUCCCCAUAUCAAAACGGAAAUUUGUGAUGCUGAUUUGUGACCAGCACAAAUCAGCUUUGUACUGCAGAGAGGCACUGCGGCCAGAUCCCCAGGCUAGGUAGGGGCGUAUGGGUCUAGUAGUUCAGCAUGGCAAACGGCCCCCCUUUAGGCCCAACAGCAUGACAAACCGCUUCCAUAAUGGGGCGGAAGCUUCUGCCCUUGUCUUCUUGCAAGACAGACGUGAUUUGUGACCUCAAAUCCGCAAUACAAAUUCUUGGAAACAUACCUUUUCAAUAUGGGGAGGGGGGAUUUUUCCUGUCAAUACAGGACCAGCAGUUGCAUUGCUUCCACUGCACCAACACCUUCAAACGGUAAGGACAAAAAUUCAAAUGUUGUUCAUCACGACCAGCACCAACUGCAGCGGGCCAAUACGGUCGAUAUGUACUGUUCCACACGACAAGCAGGAGGGCCUCCUGGUGCGACCUCGACGUGUACAGAGGGUGGAGAACGAGGAGGAGGCCAUCAACUACAUCUUCAGCAAAUAAACCACGCGACGAACCCUAACAACCGGCUGAACCAAACCAUCAAUCUUGCAGAGCUCGCCGACCCAGCGACUUUGUUUCCGCGAAGCAGCAGCGCGUUACGGGCAGGCGCGGCUUUAUGGAAGCGUCAGGAUUGAAAUUGUCAAAGUUGAAAUAAUUUCUCAUGCAUAAAUUGCAAGGCAUGGGGUGCCUCUCUUGCAGGAACGGCAAGCGAGGCCGACUGUCAGCCUGUUUCGGGUCUGCGGUAGAGCUGCUAAGGUAGCAUGACAAAAGACGCCUUCUCUCCCUAAACAGCAUGACAAAUUGGAUUUAGACGGCGCCGAAAUUUGUCAUGCACCGCUUGGAAUUUGUAAUUGGGCCUCCAAGUGGUUUCGAUUUUAUGCAUUACAAUUAUUUCAACUUUGACGAUUUCAAACCUGACGCACCCAUAGGUUUUGAAGAUGGUCGCGCCAGCGUCACCGAGACGGGGCGGUGCAGGAGAUCUUCAGGGUAGAAGCAACUACAUGUUUGCAGCUCCGGGAGGAGAGGACAGGGGGGAUGCAGAGCUACACACUGCUCCAGGUGGAGGUCGUCCGGGGGUACAACUGGAAGGAGGUGUUCAGGCCGCGCUAGCUACAACUACCACAGCUGCAGGAGAUGAACAAGAACACAAAACUAUCCUGCGCAAAAGUAUCGCACUCGUAUUGCAAUCAUGCAUUACAAAUCUUUUUCUUAAGGUAAAUCCGCAUUACAAAUUUUCUCUCAUGCUGAGGAAAUUUGUAAUGCAUUUAUACGAGUGCGAUACUUUUGCAGUUCAUAAAAACCGCCGGGGGACAACAUCAAAAUCGUCCAGCUGCCGGCGCACCUCCCGUGGUCGUGGUAUCAUAUGCAAAAACGUCCCCACCCCAUAGUCAAGUUGCGAACUUAGCAUCACAAAUCCAGAAGUUUUGGGAGCCCAGCAUGACAAGUUGUAGUUAGUAGUAUAGUGCAUGUUCACGAGGAGAACCGAAUUAAAAAUCCAUCUGUUUAUCCUGUUUACAGCAUUACAAAUUCCAAAACGCGACUGAAGAUGCCUGUCGUGGAGAUGCGCAUUACAAAUGUUCCUGUAAUCGAAAAUCUGCAUGACAGCGCUGGAGUGGGGACGUUUUUACACAGGAUACGUGGGCCUGCAACCUUUGAAAGCCUUGAACUUCAUCAACAAAGGAGGUGGCUAUCCAGGAAAAAUAACCCAUCCCCAUCCAAUUUGUCAUGCAAAACAUGCAUAAGUGCCAGUGUUUGUGAUGCAAAAAAUGGGUGCGGAUGGGUUUUUUUUCCUGGAUAGUGGUGGCGCUACUGCUACAGGCGCCGGGCCGCGGGGAGGCGAAACGCGAGAAGCAGGGGCUGGGACGACAAGUACUGCAACUACAUAUCCUGUGCAAAAGUAUCGCAGUAGUAUCUUUAAAUCGCAAUACAAUGUGGCUCAGCAUUACGAAAGUGAAUUUGUAAUGCUGAUUUGCCUUAACUACGUAGAUUUGUAAUGCGUAACUGCAAUUACUACGAGUGCGGUACUUUUGCAAUGCAUAAUACAUCUGGAACUGCAACUCCUUCAUCAGCAGCAACCGUGCAGUACAAGCCAAAGCCACGCCGAUUCAGCUUGAUCGGGCUGUGAAUUUUAUUGCGAGUAUCCCACGAAAAAACUGUUUCACUGUGAAUUUGUAAUGCAUGGAAUGGAACACAAAGCUUUUUGUCUUGCUACACAUGCAAGACAUUGAGUUUCCAAGGGUGUUUUCCCUUGGGAAGUGCACAUAGCAAAUUUUCUCUACCAUGUGUAUUAUCAAAUUUGUGAUGCAGAUCCUGCAAAAUCAUCACAGUGACGCAGUUUUUUCUUGCGAUUGCGAGUGGAGGAUUGAAGAUAUAAAUAAUCUGGAAGAUGAAUAGUGAGUGCUUCAGUGGAUGAACAAUUUGACUUGGUUGUGAAUCGAUUAAAGUGAUGCACAAAUAGAAAUUCGAUCUUGAUGAACGGUAGAAGAAUUCUCGUGACCACUGGGCGCGGUGAAGUUUGAGUUUGUUUUUCAGGAAAACCAGCACAACUUCGUUCG